AUGGAUGAAGAAGACCCACUGCAUGAAGAGUUUCUGGCCUGCUGUGGAGCCGUAACUCAGGUGCUGAAGUACGGGCCAAUCAGCCCUGCUUCUCACAGCAGCCCCAAGCUGCUUGUCCUCAUUGUUCCAGGUAACAUCCGUGUUCCCGCCUUCUACCUGUUAUUUGCCAAGUCUCUAUACCUUACCUUGGAGAAGCACUACCCAGUUUGGGUCAUCAGCCAUGCUGGCCACGUUAGGGCCCCCAGGGGCAUCGAGGUGACUGAGGAGAGCUCCAAAGACCCUAGUCCUGGGACAAUAGAUGAUGUCUUUAGGCUGAAGGGCCAAGUGGAUCACAAGCUGACCUUCCUGAGACGGUAAGUGCCCAGUCCCCUGAAGCUGGUCCUCAGCGGCCACUUUAUAGGCACCUACAUCUUGCUGGAGAUGCUGAAGCAAGCCCCACAGCUUCUGGUUUUCCGCGCCUUCUUGCUGUUCCCGACAAUUGAGAGAAUGGCUAAAUCACUCAACAGUAAGGUGGCAACACCUCUGCUUUGCUGGCUUCGCUAUGCCCUCUACGUGCCACUCUACGUUGUACUCAGCCUGCUGCCAGUGAGAUUCAAAGCUAGGCUGGCCAGUCUGAUUCUUCAAAAGCUAAAGAUGGAGAAUGAAAUCCUCGUUCACCUAAUGAAUUCACUUAACAUGAGCUGCGUGGCCAAUGUUAUGUAUCUAGGAAGCCAGGAAAUGAGGACCGUGUUGGAGAGAGACAACUCAACCAUCCAAAAGUACUUCAAGAAGUUGAUGUUUUACUAUGGAGCCUCCGACCUUUGGUGUUCCGUCCAGUACUAUGAGGAUAUUAAGAAGGAUUUUCCCAGUGGAGACUUUAAGCUGUGUAAGAGGGGCAUCCACCACGCCUUUGUCACCUCGCUGGAAUCCAGCCAGGAAAUGGCCGCCAUGAUUAUAGACUGGUUAAAAGAAGACCUGAUGGAAGCUUCCGACAAGCAGGGCAGGGAGCACACAUCUGUUGUCACUAGGCUUGAUGGUGAUUUUCAUUUGAGGAUUUUACUGGGAAAGGAGCAAAAUGAGAAAAGGCACAUUCAAAAGGAUAACCUUUCCCAUAUGGAAGAGCCCAAUGGAGGGAGAGCUUAUGAAUCUAAACAGACCCAUCCUUAUCUCUUGUACAUUACUGAGAACACUUCUGAACUUGGCCUCCGCUAA